UCUCUCGAAGACACAGCUUGUCAGAUUGGUUAAUUAUAAAGUCCUUUGUCUUUCUUUGAAGAUUUCAUCGGCUUUUGUUGAAAAAUAUAUCCCGUCUUUUGUCAGUUGGCUCACUUACAGCAGCAGUUUUACUUUAUAAUUUAGGGUACAGAGAAUAUUACGGUAACCGGAAGAGGUCGCUGUGAAACAAUGGGAGGUAGGACCCGAAAAAGUUUUAGGGACACAGUGAAGUUUUUCUUUUUAUAGACGUCCUGUGACAGUGCAGUAGUGAAGCAGCGCUGUGGGAUCCAGAUCUCCUCCUCAACCAGAGACCAGAGACCUGAAACUGUGCUGCAAAUGUUAUAAACAUGCAAGAGCUUGGCAGUCAGAGGCUGAUUCCUGUGGGAGCGGUGAACAUCAGAGACAGCUUGUUUAGAGAGGAAGGCUGAGUGAAAGAGCUGCAGACGUCCGUGUGAGCAGUGAAGGACUGAAGGGUGACUGCAAGGUAGUGUGAUGGCAGGGCGGGGGCUUUCCGCCCCUCUCCCUCUUCUUCCUCUCCUCCUCCUUUUGAUGGGGAUCCUUCCUGUGGCCCAUGGCUCUGGCUACCUUUCUGGAUAUCGCCAGAGGUCUCGACUGCAGAGGGACCGCCACUUCCGCAAUAUCCGACCCAACAUCAUACUCAUUCUCACAGAUGAUCAGGACAUAGAGCUGGGCUCAAUGCAGGCCAUGAACAAAACCCGGCACAUCAUGGAGAAAGGCGGCACACAUUUCUCCAAUGCCUUCUCCACUACACCGAUGUGCUGCCCCUCCCGUUCCUCCAUCCUGACAGGAAAGUACGUGCACAACCAUCAUACCUACACCAACAAUGAGAACUGCUCCUCACCCUCCUGGCAGGCCCACCAUGAGCCACACACCUUUGCUGUGCAUCUCAACAAUUCUGGCUACAGGACAGCCUUCUUUGGAAAGUAUCUGAAUGAGUACAACGGCUCCUAUGUGCCCCCUGGCUGGAAGGAAUGGGUAGCACUGGUUAAGAACUCACGCUUUUACAACUAUACCCUCUGCAGGAAUGGAGUGCGAGAGAAGCACAGCAGCGACUACCCAAAGGACUACCUGACAGACAUCAUAACCAAUGACAGCAUCAGCUACUUCCGUAUGUCAAAGAAAAUGUACCCUCACCGUCCAGUCAUGAUGGUCCUGAGCCAUGUUGCUCCGCACGGUCCAGAGGACUCCGCCCCACAGUACAGCUCUGCCUUCCCCAACGCCUCCCAGCACAUAACCCCCAGCUACAACUAUGCCCCUAACCCAGACAAACACUGGAUCCUACGCUACACAGGACCUAUGAAGCCUGUCCACAUGCAGUUCACCAACAUGCUGCAGCGCCGCAGGAUGCAGACCCUGCUGUCUGUGGAUGACAGUGUGGAGAAGGUGUACAACAUGCUGGUGGAGACAGGGGAGCUGGACAACACCUACCUCAUUUACACCUCAGACCACGGAUACCACAUCGGCCAGUUUGGUCUGGUCAAGGGCAAAUCAAUGCCGUAUGAGUUUGAUAUCCGAGUUCCCUUCUAUGUGAGAGGACCUAAUGUGGAGCAAGGUGCAAUUAACCCUCACAUAGUGUUAAACGUAGACUUAGCACCAACUCUGCUGGACAUGGCUGGUGUUGAUAUCCCUGCUGAAAUGGAUGGAAAGUCUAUCCUCAAGCUGCUGGACACAGACAAGCCAGUCAAUAGGUUCCAGUUGAACAGAAAGACUAAGACUUGGAGAGACUCUUUUCUGGUGGAGAGAGGGAAGCCUCCACACAAGAGAGCUGAUGGGAAGGAAAUGGCCCAGGAGGAGAACUUCCUGCCAAAAUACCAGCGAGUAAAGGACCUGUGCCAAAAAGCGGAGUACCAAACCUCCUGCCAGCAGCCAGGACAGAAGUGGCAGUGUGUGGAGGACCCGACUGGCAAGCUGAGGCUGUAUAAGUGCAAGGGUAUGGCUAGUCUCUAUGCCCCACGUAUGCAGGCUCUGAUGGCCAGAGGUGCCUCACCGCUGUCUUCUACCAUGAACUCAGGAACCUGUAACUGCGCUGAUGUGGGCUUGAAAGCAUCAGUCAUGAAGAGGAAGAAGCUUCUCACCAAGAAGAAGAUGAAAUCGAGUAAGACUGUCUCUAGGAAGCGCUGGGCCCGCUCUGUGUCAUUUGAGCUGGAUGGAGAUCUAUAUGCAGUAGAUCUAGAGGAGGGCUAUCGGCCCCUGGGCUCCAGGAACAGCAGUUGGACCUGGGGCAGGACUGCAGUAGGGGAGAAUGAGGAGGACAAUGAGGAGUUCAGCGGAAUGGGAGUCACAGCCAAACCCACAACCAGUAAUCAACUCACGCCACCUGCUGCCCUGAAAGUCACCUACAGGUGUUCUAUUCUCAUGAAUGACACUGUUAAAUGUGAUGGAGGUCUCUACAAGUCUCUUCAAGCAUGGAAAGAUCACAAACUGCACAUUGAGCACGAGAUUGAAACAUUGCAGACCAAAAUCAAGAACCUGCGGGAAGUCAAAGAUCACCUGAAAAAGGUGCGGCCUGAGGAAUGUCAUUGUGACACCCCUAGUUAUCUGUUCAAGAAUAAGGACACUUUUAGGCUCAAUGCAGGACGCAUGCAUUCACUCAGAAUGUCCUCAAAGCAGAAGAGUCAGUGGUUGCAGAAAGAGCAGAAGCGCAGAAAAAAAUUGCGUAAAUUCCUGAAGAGGCUCCAGAACAACGACACCUGCAGCAUGCCUGGCCUCACAUGCUUCACCCAUGACAACCACCACUGGCAGACAGCCCCCUUCUGGACAAUGGGUCCAUUCUGUGCAUGCACCAGUGCCAACAAUAACACUUACUGGUGCCUAAGGACCAUCAAUGACACACACAACUUCCUGUUCUGUGAAUUUGCUACCGGUUUCCUGGAGUAUUUUGACCUCAACACUGACCCAUACCAGCUGAUAAAUGCUGUCAGCACCCUGGACCGCAAUGCUCUGAAUUCAAUGCAUCAACAGCUCAUGGACUUACGGGGCUGUAAAGGACACAAGCAAUGUAACCCAGAGAAGGGAGGAAAAGAACGAAACUACUUCAGUGAAUACAGGCCAGUUCACCGUCGAAAGAGGCCAAAAGUGAAGAAGCCUUCCUCCAAAUCGCUAGGGCAGAUUUGGGAAGGGUGGGUAGGUUAACCACCUGCAUCCCACAAUCCACCACACUGGCCUCCUCCAGCAAAGAAAAGAGAAGGGGGAGUGAACUUGUGUCUGAGGACCUUGACCACACUUGGAUGGACCAUAACCUGAGACAUUACCUUACUGUAAUUUAGGUUUUAAUUCCUGAGAAGGCUGCUCUGUAACUCUCCCAAACAGAGGAGAUGCUGGGACUGAGAGGAAGUGUAAAGACUCUUGUUAUCACUCCAACUUUCACUCCUGUUUCGUCUUCAUUUCAAAAUUCUGUAACCAGAAUCUACAAGGAGCAUUAGCAUAAACGGGAUGCUGUGCAUCAAGUGGGACUGCCUGGUGUACACAAGCCACUGAGUCUAACUGUUUGCUUGUACAUAGUUUAUAUGCCUGUUUUAAUCAGCUUCCUUUCAUAUUGCAUUGGACUUAAAGAAAACAUGGCCUGUAACAUGUCACCUCUGCUGCUACAAAAGGAUGUCAUCACCUAAUGACAUCUCUGUGGCACAAGCUGAUUAAAAUAACACAAGACAUAUUUUCUUCCUCACCAAUAUGUCUGCACAUGAGAGUGGUAUGGACUUCAAAAAGCCAAUUGUAACAGACUCUUCAUCAUAAUUAUCUGUAAUAUAGUUGAUUUAACUCUAAUGAAUGUCCUUCAUGACACAUCAUCUUCCUGAAAGCUGUGACAUGUGGGUAGAGACUACCUGCCUUGACCCAGUCCCCUCUCCUGUCAGUCGCACUUGAAAAGGACUACACUAACCACUGUCUCACAAUGAAAACCUCUCAGAUCUCUUGACCACUGGCAGAAUAUGCCACUAGUGAAUGCCAUUUUCCUCCUUUGUAUUGUUGAUACCACUCUGUAGGAUUACCAAAUAGUUUGUCCAGCUUCCUAUACAUGGUGCUACAGGAUAACAAUACAGAAGUAAACUCUUGCUGUACAGUACAGUAUGUAUUUGAAUGUAUGUUGUGCAAUUAAUAUAAAUGUUUACAAUAUUUUUUAUAAUACAGAAGACGAAGAAGAAGAAGAAGAAGAAGACCUCAGAAUGGACUUAUGGGGAGAAAUGUAGCUUGGGAACUUGUAUUGCCCGCGGUUGUAUGUUUGUCCUUUUCUUAUUUACAUCAGAAAAGCACUUAAAGGGUUCACUGUGAACAUAUGCGCCAUGUACAUGUAAUGGAAAUAUUGUUUACUGUGUGCCAGAGGAACAACACAGCAGUGUAAUACUUAUUGGUGUGAUUUCAGCUACCUGCCUUUGUAAGCUUCUUUGAUUUUUUUAGCCAGUAUUUCCGUAGACCUGAGUGCUGAUAGUGAUUGUGAAUAAAGUGUCA